AUGACAGUAAAGGAAGCUGUAGAGGGUCCAACUGAAGGCCAGGUUUUGGUGAGAGUAAAGGGAGAUGUAGAGGGUCCAAAAGAAGGCCUAGUUUUGAUGACAGUAAAAGGAGCUGUAGAGGGUCCACCUGAAGCCCUGGUUUUGAUGAGAGUAAAGGGAGCUGUAGAGGGUCCAACUGAAGGCCUGGUUUUGAUGACAGUAAAGGGAGCUGUAGAGGGUCCAACUGAAGGUCUUGUUUUGAUGACAGUAAAGGGAGCUGUAGAAGGUCAAACUGACGGCCUGGUUUUGAUGACAGUAAAAGGAGCUGUAGAGGGACCAACUGAGGGCCUGGUUUUGAUGACAGUAAAGGGAGCUGUAAAGGGUCCAACUGAAGGCCUGGUUUUGGUGACAGUAAAGGAAGCUGUAGAGGGUCCAACUGAAGCGCUGUUUUUGAUGGCAGUAAAGGGAGCUGUAGAGGGUCCAACUGAAGGCCUGGUUUUGAUGACAGUAAAGGAAGCUGUAGAGGUAAAGGGAGCUGUAGAGGGUCCAACUGAAGUCCUGGUUUUGAUGACAGUAAAGGGAGCUGUAGAGUGUCCAACUGAAGAACUGGUUUUGAUGACAGUAAUGGGAGCUGUAAAGAGUCAAAGUGAAGGCCUGGUUUUCAUGUCAGUAAAGGGAGCAGUAGAGGGUCAUACUGAAGGCCUAGUUUUGAUGACAGUAAAGGAAUCUUCUAAACAGGGUCAAACUGAAGUGAUGCUUUUGAAUGACAGUAAACGGGAAGAUGUAGAGGGGUCAAAUUGA